AUGGAGUCACGCGUGCUGUUACGCGCCACCGUACCGGUCGCCGGAAUACCGCAGUUGAGACGACCGAUCGUAGCGAUCCACCGUCAGUUCAGCACUGCGUCGUCGUUCACGGCUUUCGCCAAGCCGAUCGGAGCAAUCGGAGAGGGAGGGAAUUUGAUCUCCGGUCGUCAGCUCCGUCCAAUUCUCCUUCUCGAAAGCUCUCCGGAGAAAAGAGAGAUUCUCAAGCCGGUUAAAGCCGCCGCUGCCGAAGGUGGAGAAUCCGCUGGGGAAACGAAACCUGGAAUCCUCGGGAAGUAUCCGUGGCUCGUCACCGGAUUCUUCUUCUUCAUGUGGUACUUCUUGAACGUGAUUUUCAACAUCCUGAACAAGAAGAUCUAUAAUUACUUCCCUUAUCCCUAUUUUGUAUCGGUUAUUCACUUGUUGGUUGGAGUUGUGUACUGCUUGAUUAGCUGGUCCGUGGGCCUUCCUAAACGGGCCCCAAUUGACGCGAACCUCCUCAAGGUAUUGAUACCAGUUGCAGUGUGUCACGCCUUAGGACAUGUCACUAGCAACGUUUCCUUCGCAGCCGUUGCUGUCUCCUUCACUCACACCAUCAAAGCGCUGGAGCCAUUCUUCAAUGCGGCUGCUUCUCAAUUCGUACUUGGACAAUCCAUUCCCAUAUCACUAUGGCUGUCUCUACUUCCUGUUGUUCUCGGAGUUUCAAUGGCUUCGCUAACCGAGCUAUCAUUCAACUGGCUCGGUUUCAUCAGUGCCAUGAUCUCAAAUGUCUCUUUCACUUACCGAAGCAUCUUCUCCAAGAAAGCCAUGACUGAUAUGGACAGUACAAAUGUAUACGCUUACAUCUCCAUCAUCGCUCUCUUCGUCUGCAUUCCUCCUGCCAUCAUCGUUGAAGGGCCUCAGCUGUUGAAACACGGUUUCAACGACGCAAUUGCGAAAGUCGGAAUGACUAAGUUUGUCACUGAUCUCUUCUGGGUUGGAAUGUUUUACCAUCUCUACAAUCAGUUGGCUACUAAUACCUUGGAGAGGGUCGCACCGCUGACUCAUGCGGUUGGAAACGUUCUGAAACGUGUGUUCGUCAUCGGUUUCUCCAUCGUUAUCUUUGGAAACAAGAUAUCGACGCAGACAGGUAUAGGAACUGGAAUAGCCAUUGCUGGAGUUGCAAUGUACUCUGUCAUUAAGGCCAAGAUCGAAGAAGAUAAAAGGAAAGGAAAGACGGCCUAG